AUGGCAGAAAAACCCGGGACUCUGCGGGAAGAUGUGCCUUGUGGUCGGCUGCCACCUGGUGGCACCGGGAGACGAGCCCGGAGCGAGGGACGAGAUUCCUACUCCUGGGGCAGGUUUUUCCACCUUUCGGCUGAGACCCGGGGUCAGGAGUUUGUCUUCGCUGUGCCAGAACUUUCAAAAUCAUCUGUACAGACAAUUGGUGAAGAACAAACACAGAAUCCUUACACGGAGCUCCUUGUGUUGAAAGGCCAUCAAGAUAUAGUACGAUUUCUAGUACAAAUAGAUGAUUGCAGGUUUGCCUCUGCAGGAGAUGAUGGAAUCAUAUUUCUGUGGAAUGCUCAGACUGGAGAAAAAAUUCUUGAACUUCGUGGACACACACACAAGAUAACAGCUAUAGCACCAUUUUCUUCGUCAGAUGCUUCUGAAGAAAAAAAACAUCUUAUUUUAACAGCAUCGGCUGAUAGAACAGUUAUUGUUUGGGACUGCACUAGUGGCAAACAGGUUCAAAAAGUGUCAUGUUUCCAUUCUACUGUAAAGUGUUUGACAGUUCUUCAAAGACUGGAUGUAUGGUUGUCUGGAGGGAGUGAUCUAUGUGUUUGGAACCGAAAAUUAGAUCUCUUGUGUAAGACCAGUCAUCUUACUGAUGCAGGGGUCAGUGCUUUGGUUGAACUGCCUAAAAAUUGUGUCGCGGCAGCUGUUGGCAAAGAGUUAAUAAUUUUUAGGUUGAUUGCUUCUAAUGAUGUAUCUGAAGGUUGGAAUGUGCUUGAAGUAAAACGCCUUGCUGACCAUCAGGAUAAUAUUUUGUCAUUAGUCAAUGUCAAUGACUUGACUUUCGUGACAGGUUCUCAUGUGGGUGAGUUAAUAGUUUGGGAUGCACUUGACUGGACAAAGCAAGCAUCUGAGUGCAACUUCUGGGACUCUUGUGUUCAUCCAGAUGUACAGCCAGAAAUAAAGUUAUCCCAAAGCCCAAAUGAAACGUCAAUUCAGCACUUAACAUCUGAUGAGGAGUGUGUGUUUGCUGCUAUUGGGAAAGGCAUAUACGUAUAUAAUCUUCAAAUGAAGCGUGUGAUUGCCUGCCAGAGAACUGCUCAUGACUCCUCUGUAUUGCACAUUGAGAAGCUUCCAAACAGGCAGCUGAUCUCCUGUUCAGAAGAUGGCAGUGUGCGCAUUUGGGAGCUCCGAGAAAAGCAGCAGCUACCCGCUGAGCCAGUUCCAACAGGUUUUUUCAAUAUGUGGGGAUUUGGAAGGUCUAACAAGCAAACUAACCAAGCUGCUAAGAAGAUGCAGGAGAGUACACCUAUGUAUUUCUUGGAGCUGGUUGGUGAUUUGAUUGGUCAUUCAUCAGCAGUACAGAUGUUUCUGUAUUUUGGUGAACUGGGACUGGCUACAUGCUCUGCUGACCACCUCAUUAUUCUGUGGAAGGAUGGUGAACGAGAAUCCAGACUCCGCAGUUUAACACUAUUUCAAAAAUUGGCACAGAAUGGUGAUGUGCAGCUCAAAUUUUAA